CGUCAGCCAACGGCGGACAAAAACAAAUACACGUGAAUUUGCUUCAAACGUAGCUUGAAAUUAUGAAUAUCAAUCAUUAAUCUAUUGAAGUUUUAGUUUAUUUGACGCUACCGUUAUCAAAAGUAAAGAUACAAUGUUCAAGAUACCUGGUUGGGGCGAUGAUGUUCCUAAUACUAAUAUUCAAUUCGGCAAAACUACUAAAAAAAAGAAGAAAAAUGGAGGUGUUUCGGAGACAGGUGCCAAGCACGUGAGUCCUCAAAAGACUAAACGACAAAUGAAUGACCAAACCAAGCCUUUAAUUUCUAAUGGAAACAGUAUAAGACCGAAUAACAAAAAGAAGAAACGAAAAGCAAAACCCGUUGUGUCCACUAUUAAUUCAGAUAUCCCAACAUUUAAACCCGGGCAAUUUGUACUGAACCCAAAUAAAAGAAAACUUGAGAAUGAUUUCGUAAGUAAUGUUGAUGAUUCUUUACCUAAAAGCAGUAAGAAGAAAAAACGAAAGAAAUCCAGUAAUAGCACAGUCAAUACAAAUGACACCAAAGUAGUUGAGAGUAAUAAAAAUGUAAAAACAGAAGGUAAUAAAGAAAUAGGAAUUAUACUUAAUUCUAAAAAGGAAAAGAUAAAGAAGAUGUUAGCUCUAAGCAAUAGAAAUCCAAUUGACGGCAGCAGUAACAGUAACAAUUUGAGACAAAGGAUGCUUGAAAAGUUAAAAGCGGCCCAAUUUAGAUAUUUAAAUGAGAAGUUGUACACUUCAUCUGGAGCAGAAGCCAAGCAGCUGUUCCAGAACGACCCGGAAGCCUUCCAGACUUACCACCAAGGGUACCAACAACAGCUCAAGAAGUGGCCUGUCAAUCCGUUGGACUUGAUCGUAAAGAGGAUUAUGAAGAUGCCCAAGACCCACACAAUCGCGGACUUGGGCUGCGGUGAAGCGGCACUCUCAAAGCGAGUGCCUCACACCGUCCGUUCAUUUGACCUGGUGGCCGCUGCCCCCGGAGUGGAAGUGUGCGACAUGGCCCACACACCGUUGUUGAGUGAAUCCAUGGAUGUUGCGGUGUAUUGCUUGGCUUUGAUGGGCACAGACCUUGCGCAGUACUUGGUGGAAGCUAAUAGGAUUUUGAAGGCUGGCGGCAUUCUUUUAAUUGCGGAAGUCGAGAGUCGUUUCGAUAAAGUGGAGUCGUUCACUGACGCCGUCCAACGCCUGGGCUUCAAGCUGAAGACCCUGGACAAUCACCAGGUUUUCGUGUUCAUGGAGUUUGCAAAGGUCACUCACGCGCCGGCCAAGAAGUCCAAACUGCCGGACGUGACGCUCAAACCUUGUUUGUAUAAGAGGCGGUGAAUUAAAGUGAUAUUUUGUUUA